UCUCGUAGUAUUGUAUACCGCGGUAUUUUUUUUUCCGUGUUGUGUGUUGCUACAUAGGAAAAAUCGACUGUGCAAGAACAUUAUUAACGGUUUGGAGUUUGUUUUACAUUUAUCGGUAAUAAUGUUUAACGGUUAAAUAUGGUAAAGCAUUGAAAAAGUAUGUAUUAGGAAAGUUAUUCGGUGACAUUAAAUGGGUGCGAAACGUAUUGAAGAGAUACACAAAAGUAGAAAUCGAGUAAAUAAUUUGUUUUGGUUUGAGUCUUGUUUGUCGAACUAUAGUUAGCGGUUAUGGUAUACCUGUCGGGUGUCUGGGGCAUGGGAGAAACUAAAUCGCAGUGCCACAGUACGAAUAGUUCCUCCUUUCUGCAGGAGAAUGACGAAGAAGUUGCUUUAUUGCCACUUAAGAAUCAGGUUGGUGGGCACACAAGAUUACUUUUACUCAACCAGAACACUAUUUGUAAGCCAUUAAACUGCAGGGAACUUGACUUUUAUCAAAACAUUCCACAAGAUAUACAAAUCUUUGUCCCAAAAUUUAAAGGUGUUUUGCAAGCUUCAAAUAGUGGUGAAGUUACAUUGGAUAAACGUUACAGUCCCAGUUUUAGGGAACAGGAUAACAGACAACAACAAGGACAUAGUUCAAGUAAAAGAAAACGAGAAGAUGUGUUGAGAAUGAAAAUUCAUCGCGAUAAUACUUCAACAGGAAUAUUAAAGCCAGGGAUGCAUUUGGAUAAUGCAUCAAAUAGACAGUAUUUCCUUUUGUUGGAAAAUAUAACAUCACAGUAUACUCAUCCGUGUAUAUUGGAUCUAAAAAUGGGGACCAGACAACAUGGGGACGACGCAUCUGCGGAGAAACGCAGCAAACAAAUUGCAAAAUGUGCUGCUAGUACAUCAGCUUCGUUAGGUGUUAGACUAUGCGGAAUGCAGGUUUAUCAAGUCGAUACCGAUCAUUAUGUGAAGAGAGACAAAUAUUGGGGCAGAGAGUUAAACGAAGAAGGUUUCAAGGCAGCGUUAUAUCGAUUUUUUCAUAACGGUUUUUGCUUACGAACGUUGGUUAUCGAAAAAGUAGUAUCUCGGUUAGAACAAUUACGGCGCGCAAUCGAAAGGCAAAGUAGCUAUCGAUUUUAUUCAUGUUCAUUGUUAGUUGUUUACGAGGGUUAUCAGAUCAAUUUUUCGGGAUUUGAUGAUACUUUACAAAUGCAAGAAGAAGGAGAAUCGAGGAAUUCUAGUUUCGUCGAGGAACGUCCUCAUACGUCGGAAGGUUGUUACGACGGUGACAUAAGUAACAGUUCCGCAGACUAUAAUCUUUCGCUUGAAGAAGAAAUCAGGCAAACGACGAGCACGUUGUGCAGAGGAUUUGACGAAGCAACAUCUAGAGGAGCUAAAAAUAUCAGCAAUUUUUACCCCACAAGCGAGGAGACUGUUUUCGUCGAAUCUACGGACAGCUUGAUCGACAGAGUGUUUGAAACACCCCGAUACGAACAGUGGAUGCUUUAUGGUACUUCGAGCGACGAAUUUUGUUUCGAGCAAAGUUCGGACAAUAUGGAAGACACUAGUUCCGAUACUGACGUCAGAUCGGAUUCUGAAUCGAAGAGACAAAGACACGGAUCAUCACACCGAUUAUUCCAUGUUUACGGAAGGGAAGAGAAAAUAGAAGGAGGAAUUGCAUGUGGGAACGGUAAAAAUAAUCAAUUUCUGUCCGAAAAAUGGCAAGAGGCACGCGUCGAUGUCAGGAUGAUCGAUUUCGCGCAUACGAGUUUCGUUCACGGUUCUACGGUAGCCUGCAACUCGACUUCCAUGGUACACCAAGGUCCGGACUGUGGUUUCCUAACCGGCCUCGACAGCUUAAGGCGACUUCUCCUCGAAAUCUUGACCGAAGGUUAAAUACU